GUUUUUGUUGUUGAACGGAGGACUACCAGCCAGACUCCCAGAAAUCAUGUUGGUAGGAUCCCAAUCCUUCUCUCCUGGGGGGCCCAAUGGGAUCAUCAGAAGCCAGUCCUUCGCGGGGUUCAGCGGCCUUCAGGAGAGACGGUCCAGAUGUAACUCCUUCAUCGAAAAUCCCUCCGCUCUCAAGAAGCCUCAGGCCAAACUGAAGAAAAUGCACAAUUUAGGACACAAAAACAACAACCCUCCCAAAGAACCUCAGCCUCAGAGGGUGGAAGAGGUCGUCAGAGCCUUGAAAAACGGACUCGAUGAAUAUCUGGAGGUUCACCAGACAGAGUUGGACAAGCUGACAGCUCAGUUAAAAGAUAUGAGAAGAAACUCUCGCCUGUCUAAUCUACCUGAUGACGUCUUUGACCACGGAAAGGCAGCUGAGGAGAAAACGCCCCUGUCUCUCAGCGUCAGCGACCUGCCCAACGGGGACUGUGCCCUCACCCCCCACCCCACCGGCUCUCCGUCCACCACGGGCUCAGCAAAACCAGAAAUUACCAUCACCCCCUCAGAGCUCAGCCACAGCAACCUGGCCUCCCAGAACGAGGGCACGGAGGACUCCGGCUCAGCAUCUUCCAGAAGCUCCUCCGGAGGAGGCCCAGAGCCAGAGCCACAGGUGAAGGAGGACACAGACGGGCCCCGGACCCCUGAGGCGGGCCGAGCGUCUGCAGGGGCCGGCCCAGCGCACCUGUUCCUGGAGAAGGAUGUGGCGGAGGCUCUCCUGCGAGAGUCUGACGAGGCCUCCGAGCUCAAGCCCGUGGAGCUGGACACGUUCGAAGGAAACAUCACGAAGCAGCUGGUCAAGAGGCUCACUUCGGCCGAGGUGCCGGUGGCCACGGAGAGGUUGCUCUUUGAGGGCUCUGUCAGUGGAGAGUCCGAAGGCUGUAGAUCCUUCCUCGAUGGAAGCUUGGAGGAUGCGUUCAGUGGGCUAUUCCUUGCAUUAGAACCACAUAAAGAGCAGUACAAAGAGUUUCAGGAUCUGAACCAAGAAGUCAUGCGUUUGGAUGACAUCCUAAAAUGCAAGCCAGCCGGAAGCCGCAGCAGGUCUUCCAGUUUAAGUCUUACAGUUGAAAGUGCUUUAGAAAGCUUUGAUUUCCUGAACACCUCUGAUUUUGACGAGGAGGAGGAGGAUGGUGAUGAGGUUUGUAAUGUUGGUGGAGGCGCGGACUCAGUAUUUUCAGACACUGAGACUGAGAAAAAUAGCACUUACAGAUCAGUACACCCCGAAGCCAGGGGGCACCUCAGCGAAGCGCUGACGGAAGACACGGGAGUUGGGACUAGUGUGGCCGGAAGCCCCCUGCCGCUGACCACAGGCAAUGAGAGUCUGGACAUUGCCAUUGUCGGGCACCUUCAAUACUGCACCCAGCUCGUUCAGCAAAUUGUUUUCUCAAGCAAAACCCCAUUCGUGGCGAGCAAUCUCUUAGAGAAGCUUUCUAGGCAAAUCCAGGUGGUGGAGAAACUGUCAGCAGUCAGCCAUGAGAACAUAGGGAACAUGAGUUCCGUCAUUGAAGCCAUCCCAGAAUUUCACAAAAAGCUGUCUUUGCUGUCCUUCUGGACCAAGUGCUGCAGCCCAGUGGCCGUCUACCACAGCUCGGCCGACCGAGUGAUGAAGCAGCUAGAAGCUGGCUUCGCCAGAACCAUCAACAGAGAAUACCCAGGACUUGCAGACCCAGCUAAAUAUACCCCUACCCUAUGA